CUCUUGUUACUUUUAGUUUCCCAAUUUUAUUUCACAAUUCGACCCUACAGCAGGAUGGACCAAAUCGGCGAAUUUAUAGUCAGUCUGCAGUCGCUUCUGGACAACCCGAGCACACCACGGGACGCGCUGGUCAGCGCGAUCCAGCCGGCAAACCGCGACUUUCUCGCCAACGCUCUGGCAGUAGCGACAUUAAGCUGGCCCACCCGCACCCACCUGGAGCUUGUGAAGAUUGUUCUCAGCAUCCCGCAACCUGAGGUGCCGCUGGAGCAGAUUCUUGCUGACCCAACAACCAGUCACGAGCCCCAGCCAUUCUUUGGCAGCAUAUACUUUGAACAGCUACGCGAACGCCUGCUGCGUAUGCCUAUCCAGACCCUAGCCAUGAGCGACGGCGCGUGGCUCAAGAACAUCGGGUUCAGCAUCGAGGCGACAAUAUUACAGGUCGGCCAGCGUAUCAGCGCACUGGAGAAGGCAGACCAGCAGUCGCGAGUAGACGAGGCACGCCUGGGACAGGAUCUGAGCCGACUGCGGGUGUACUGUGCGCAUAUUCUGGGCCACGGCAUUAUCGACGGUGCUCAUUGGCGGGCAAUUGCACAGAUGGUCUUUGCCAUGUUCCAUGUGCUGCCAUGGUCAGCACGAGUGAUGAGCAGCCAGGGCGGCGAGAUCGAUCUGGUGGUUGCCCGACUGGUUGUGCAGUACGAGAGCUGGCUGCAGAUUGUCAAGCAGAUAUUCGAAAACCACGGGCCGGCACUAUGCCACCGCAUGCCCACGGUCAUUGAGGAUCCGGCGUCGCGGCAGUUCACGUGGGGAAUUCCAACACUACACUCGGUAGCUGCCACCGAAGUACUGCGAAAUUUCGUUGUGCGACGCACUCUGCUGCGCACGCCCACGGUGUAUGUUCCAGAUAAUGUCAUGGGUGAGCAGGAGCUGCAGGGAAUCGAGUGGGUGGCGGCUCCUGAGCGGAUGCAAGAGCUGGAGCAAAGGCUCGAGCAGCUUGAGCAGACGAUCAUGGGCCAGAUCAUCACACAGGACGCAACAGCCGUGUACGGCAUGAUGACAGAACUUCACCACCUUCUGCAGAUUCUCGGCGGCAUCAGCGGCUAUGACUCGGAGCUGGUGGUUCCCGGCUCAGAGCAGUGCGUCGCAGCCAGCUUGGCCCGCGCGUGCGCUGGCCUGGCGCCCAUUCUUGGCUUCGAAGUCAGCGUAUUAUCGUCGGCGAUGGAUAUGAGCAAGCUGGUUGCAUGUCUCAACAGCAUGAAUGCCACAGCCAUGAGCGGCUGCUACAUGGCGUUGCUGGGUCAGUUCCCGCAGACCACCGGCGUGCAUGCCAUGUACGCAGAGGCGCUGACAGUGCGCAUUGCCACAACCGUGCUUAACCUCGAUGUCAGCUGGGCCGACCUUGGCCUGAAUCUGUCGCCAAUGCUCAUCGAUGGUAUCACCCCAGGUCUGGCUUCGCGUAUUACACGCACACUGCGCGUCAUGUCAGCCAUGCUCGAUACAUUCUCGCUGAUCACAUCUGUGCCAGCAGAGUCAGGCGAGCUGGUCACCGCGCUGGGCCAGCUGAUGCAGUACCCGUUCAUGGCCAGGACAUACGGCGAAAGUCUGGCCAGUGUGGUUCGUGAAGCCACUGCUGGAACCAGUGAGUCUAAAUUUGGCCUCUGGAUGGUCGGUCUGUGCGAGAUGGCCGUGCUUAACAAAGCCAUGUUUGACCAGGCAUGGCUAUAUCAUAAGAUACAGACUGCAGUAGAUUCGGUGGCCAUGUUUUGCGUUUCGGCAGCAAGCACCAGCAGCAUGGUGCCAAUUGUGAGCCUGGUGGCCGAUCUGAAUAUCAGUCAGUGGCAGGCACUGGAUGCGACCAAGCUGGGCGGCAACUCAAUGCUCUCGAUUCUUAUGACGCUGCCCCAGCGGCUGGCUGAGCACGCCCAGGUACAGAUCAGCAACAGCUGGGUCGUUCAGUGGUGCGUCACCAUAGCGCUGUGCCGCCCGACUAGCGCAUGUCUGGCCUAUGCCUUGGCAGUGCAAUUGCUCGACAUUGCGCAGAAGUCGACCAAGCCUGACAAUCGCGGUGGUUUUGACGUGGCAUUGCGGCAAGAUGGUGUAGAGGCGCUGAAGGCGACAUCCAGCUGGUUUAGCAGCGGCGAUAUGCGAAUGUGGGGCGACCGGCUGCUGUUUAUGCCGGCUAUUGCCAAGGACAAGCAGAACGGGCUGACGCUUGCACAAUCGCGGCUGGAGGGAGCGCUGGCAAUCCUGCUGUCCAGCACUGAUGCGGAGUUGGCACAGACGAUCGGUGUGCCUGUGCAGCCGCUUACUACCCAAGAUAUGCGGCAGGUUGCAGGGUUCUUGAGGGGGUAUGUCAACAACGCCUCCGAUCUUGUCCCAGAGUUUGCCGCAUUGCUGUCGCAGUCGCCAGUAGUCCCGCAGCAGCAACAGCAGCAACAGCAGCAACAGCAGCAGCAGCAGCAACAGAAAUCACGUAGUCAACAGCCAGAGAGAAAUCCGUUCGAGACGCCAAAUAUUUUGGCAGCAGUCCCGACUGGCUCUGCUCCUGCGCCGGAUCUGUGCAACGUGACCCAGUCAGCCAAGACGUGGCGUCGCAAUACCUCGCGGCUGAGCUUUGCCGAAUCGCGAAAGUACAUCCAGUCGCUGGUCGCGGCCUGCUACCCGUCCCCGCACAAGCACUACCUGGACAUUGUCAUGGUUGAGUUCAUGUCCACUGAGCCGGUCGUCGGGCCGGAGCUUGUGAUCGGGUCAAUCGCCGACCACAUGUUUAACAACAGCAUCGUGUAUGGGCGGCGGGAGAGUCCGUUCUCCACAAUACGCGGCAUGUUUGUCGCUAUUGAGCCCGAGGAGGAGGAAGAGCAGCCAGCUGCUGCUGUCACAGGCGAGCCUGUGUUCAAUGCUGUGGUGGGCGGGCGGGUGCGGAAGGAUGCCGGAGGCCAGGAGCUUAGCGUGCGCAGCAAGCGCUACGAGCCGACAGUCCGUGCACCAGUCGCCUGCAACCGCGUGCUGCAGAUGCUGACGGCGCUCAGAUACGGGCAGAGUUUUAGCGAGACGCCAAUUUACAGCUGGCUGACAGAUGUGCUGGACAAGACGCCCGAGAGUGUGCUGAAGACGUACUUUGGGUCGCUGUUUGGCAGCAGGCCCAAUUUCUCGCAAGACUUUCCGACUGAGCCCGACUGGCCGCGCAAGGCAAAGACCCUGGUGAAUAUGUGGUCUCACGACCCCCGGCUGGAGGGCCGGUUGAUGACACACGUCACUGGGUGUAUGGUCCUGUCGCAAGCCAUUGAGCGCGGUACCUGGGUGACAUUGCUGACCGACUGGCCGCCAGCUACGUGCGAUCUGAUCCGCAGCCAGUUUACCAUGCGCAAGACAUCGCGGCGCCAGGCCGAGCUGGUCCAUGCCAUGUUGCAGCACCCGGUCAACACGGCAUCGCCCAGAAAACACCCGGUAUGGAUACUGGCAGAACUGACAGCCAGCAGCCCCGACCGACUUACCUUUGCAAAUGCACGGGACUGGUUCGUCGUGCAUGUGCUGCCGGUGAUUCUCAGCGAGUGGCCGAGCAACGAGAAUGCGCGCGCUUUGCUGUGUCAGCUUGUGUCGUCGGUGGAUUUGCUGUACAUGGCGGUGCCCUGGAUUGAUGUAGCUACCAGCUUGGUGCAGAAUAUGCCCAUGAGCAACGGCCCGGCGGUGGCAUUCUCGCCGCGCCUGGCAAAAGACAAGUUUGUCGCAUAUCUGUCGCCGUUGGCGCGGGUCCUGCUAUCAAUUGCCGAUUACACGCUUGGCAGAGCCAUCUCGACGGUCGAGAAUACCACGGAGCCUGAGGAGACAGAGAAUGACGGUGACGACGACGACAGCAGCGAGAAUAACGAGCGUGCAUUUGGCUGGGACAUACUGCAGCAGAGCCUGGGCGCUUACCUGAUGAAUGGUAGGAAGGCUUACCUGGAGGACUCGUUGGAUGCCAUGCUGGAUGUGUAUACGCACACUGGCUCCGCCGAUCUGCGGAGGACGAUCGAGAAGGUGCUAAUGGCAGUGUGUAGCAAAGACGCGCACAUGUUGAACACGUCUCUGUGUCGAGUAUUCGCCAAGCGGCCUCUUGAUAUCUCGACUCUCCAUAACCUGCGGCCCAAGGAGGCUGCCGAAGACGCAAAGCCGGCAUCCACUGAUCCCGACCCCGAGUUCAAGCCUGCCGGUGAGCUGUUUCCGCUGGCAAAGACUAUCUUUGACACUGCAGUGCAUGCAGAUGCCCUGAACACGGCAAAGCUCGUGGAAAGCAUGCUGUGGGCAGUGGCCGAGGAGCCCGAUGUCCGGCGCAACCUGAUUGCUCUGAAGCCCCGGCUGAUUCCCAAGGACCAGCGCCCGCAGCCGACCCCCAACGUAUCGCAUGAGGCCGUGUUUGCCACAACCUCGGGCAGCCUCCACAUCACGGUUGAGGCGCGGGCCUCGGCAGCGGCCUAUGCACUCGAGCGCAACGUGAGCAUUCUGAACCUGCUUCUGCCAGCCGUGAGCAUGGAUGACCCGUGCUGGCACACAGUGGUUGCGUACUGGGCACAUUCCAGGCUGUUUUUGGCUGGAGUAAUGACGGGCAUUUGCGACUCGAUGCGGCAGUUCACCACACUGGGCGUGGUCAGGGAGCUGUUUGCUGCGCUGUGGAAGCAGACCGGAGAUGGCGAGCUGGUCGUCGAGGGAGUCGCAGUGAAGCGCGUGUGGACCGCGGUCAAUUUCUAUCCGCUGGCUCAGCGUCUAAGCAAUCAGGUCAGCGAGGAGUACACCACAUGGGAGGCGGUUCAGGAGAUUGCCAGCCGCACCUGAGCCAGGGACCAGCGGCUCCAAUAUUUUCCUAAUAAAAACGCAUUUCGACUUUCUGUUUGUGUUACUUUUACU